GGUCCAUGAGAAGAUCCACAGCCAGGAGAAACCUCACAGCUGUUCCUACUGCGACAAGGCAUUCAAACAGCUGUCCAACCUCAAGCUCCACCAGAGAAUACACUCUGACCAGAAGCCUUACGCCUGCUCCUACUGCGACAAGACCUUCCGUGCUCAGGGGACCUUAAAAGUGCACCUGAGGACUCACACAGGAGAGAGGCCUUACCCCUGCUUCGACUGUGACAAGCGUUUCAUCACGUCCUCAGAGUUGAAGGUGCACCAGAGGAUUCACACGGGAGAGAAGCCCUUCUACUGCUACGACUGUGGGAAGAGUUACUAUCAGCUGAAGCAGCUGAAGGAACAUAUGAAGUUCAACCCGGACCACAGCACCACACGUAGCGGACUCAGUAACAUAGAGGACGAGGACAAGCUCUACUCUACGUCACGUGAUGAUGUAACGAUGUCUUGA